AUGCAGUCAAUUUUCUUGCUGCUGGGCCUCUUUGCCGACGCCAUCUCCGCCAGCCCCUUGGGGCAACAGCCGUUGGGCCAUAUUAGUCCAACGGAGCUCCCUGGGCAGCUGGUGGAGGGUUUGCGCAAACCUGUACGCGGACGAUUCUUGCAUAUAACUGAUUUCCAUCCCGACCGCCUCUACAAGCCUGGGACCACGAUCGAUCGCUCGUGCCACCGUGGUAACGGCCCCGCGGGGUAUUUUGGUGCUGAGGGCACAGAAUGCGAUUCACCCCUAUCACUUGUGAAUGAGACAUUUCGCUGGAUCGAAGAAAAUCUGAAGGAUGAGAUUGAUUUUGUGAUUUGGACCGGCGAUUCUGUCCGACACGACAAUGACGAAAAGCUCCCUCGCACGGCAAAUGAGAUAAUGGAAUUGAAUGCAUUCUUGUCUCAAAAAUGGAUUAGCAUUUUCGGUGGUGAGGGAGUUCGUGAGACCUCGAAUGCCGGGCCCAAGAUGUCGAUCCCUGUGAUCCCGACAUUUGGUAACAACGAUAUUAUGCCCCACAACAUCUUCAACGAGGGCCCGAACAAAUGGACAAAGCGCUUUUCAGAGAUAUGGAACCAAUUCAUCCCAGAAGAUCAGCGUCAUACCUUCGUUGAGGGCGGUUGGUUCACCACAGAGGUGGUCCCCGGUCGGCUCGCGGUCAUCAGCCUAAACACCAUGUACUUCUUCGAUUCCAACAGUGCAGUUGAUGGAUGCAACGCCAAGUCGGAGCCUGGAUACGAGCACAUGGAGUGGCUGCGGGUGCAGCUGAAAAUCCUGCGUAGUCGCAACAUGAAAGCCAUCCUCAUGGGUCAUGUUCCCCCAGCCCGGUCGAGCGAGAAAAAGAACUGGGAUGAGACAUGCUGGCAAAAAUAUACGCUCUGGAUGCACCAGUACCGUGAUGUUGUUGUCGGUAGCUUUUACGGCCAUAUGAACAUCGAUCACUUCAUGCUUCAGGAUAGCAACAAAGUCAAGAUUGAUUCCAAGGCUGAUGGGAAGGUGUCAAUCAACUCAAAAACCGACUACCUCCAGUCGCUCCGAAACGAAUGGUCCUCAUUGCCAUCUCCUCCGUCGGGCCUUUUCGACGACCUUGGCUCUAUGUCGAAUUUGGAAGGUCUCUCAGAAGUUGAACCGGCAAAGAAAGACAAGAGGGGUAAAAAGAAGGAAAAGAAGAAGCAAAAGUUCUUGGACAAGAUUGGAGGCCCAUGGGCAGAACGAUACAGCGUAUCGCUCGUAGCUCCCAGUUUGGUCCCGAACUUCUUCCCCAGCCUGCGCGUGGUCGACUACAAUGUCACGGGACUGGAUGACGGUGCACACGGGGUGGAAUUGUUCACACAUGAGGUUGACGAUACCACUUUCGGACUCGACCAUGCUGUGGUUGAUACACCGGAAACCAGCGACAAUUCUCUGGUUGCCCCCGAAAUUCAGAAGAAGAAGGGCAAGGACAAGAAAAAGAAACCCAAGUUCAAAGUCCCCGAGCCCCCAUCCUCAACCGCUCCUCCGGGCCCUGCAUACUCGAACCAAGCGUUCACCUUGCUUGGCUACACUCAAUAUUACUCGAAUCUAACAAAAAUCCACGAACAAAUCGCGGCAGGCGAACGAGGCGAUGAUCCUCGUAUCGACUAUGAGAUCGAGUACACCACAAAUGAUGACGUGUAUCAAAUGAAAGACCUGACAGUGCGCAGCUUCUUCCAACUCGCAGCUAGAAUUGGCGAGGAGGAUGCUGAAGAAAAACAGACCGACGUCAAUAGCGAAGGCGCUGGUUGGUCUGUUGCUAAGAAAAAGCCAGUGAAUAAUGUCUGGGAGGCUUUUUUGAGGCGCGCAUUUGUUGGAUUCCCAGUUGAUGACCUGGAUGAAUAG